UAGCUUUGCGUUUCUUCUCGUCAGCCCAGAAAUAAAUUGUAACAAAUUUCGAAAUUCAAAUAUAGGCUCAAAGCCAAUUAGUUGUUUUAGUCCUCUUGGCGUUCACCCAUAACCGAAGUAUAGAGCUAUGGAGGAGGACCUGGAGUUCCUUAUCAAUGCCCUGUCGGUUCCAAAUACUCCACUGACCGAACCGUAUGAUGAGUUGCAGUUGCUGGAGAUGCGUGAGUCCUUCAAGACGCUGCAGAAGCUCCUUCGGCGCAGCUCCUUGCCCGUGGAGGCGAGUCUGCGCUCCAUGCCGAGGUCAAAGGCCGGCGGACAUACCGACAGGUUGGAGGAACGGACUCUGUCCUCCAUGCUGGCACUUGUGGGCAACGAUUACGAGAGGGUCAGCGAUCCAAACAGUGGUACUCAGUGGAACUCCGCCGAAAGCGGAGCACGCACAUCGCCCAUUAUUUUAGAGUGCGGACUGGGCGAUCAUAGAGUGGAGAGUCCUUUGGCCAGCAGUUCCUGGAGCGGCAGCGAGUGUCCUGAUAUAGGAGACAUGGCGUUGGUGCCAUACGAGGAACUCUGCAACGAGCGAAGCAGUUCCGAAACCACAAUCACCGGCCAGUCCUUUUCCUCAUCGGGCAUCUCUCUCAGCAUUCCCGUUAAUUUGGUCUGGAACAACAAGGAGUACAACGAGUCGCAGAGCACGGACAGUGAAACCACGCUAAGGGCUGACGGUCGCAGGUAUUCUACCCGAAAAUAGGUUCCCAUAACUCUUGAUCAUCAAAAUUAUUGCCCAAAAUUUCAAAGAUUCAAACAUUUUUUUAAGCUUUUAUUAGUGAAUGGUAAAUAAAACGUAUAUGCUCCCAGUA